CGAGCCAAGGCGACGGCUCCCCGGCCAGCGGCAAGAUGGCGGACCGACCCGUUCCUGUUAAAGACUUGAAGCUGCUGGACAUCAAACUGGGUCAGCUCCCGGGGUGGUUGGCAUCACGGAAUUACAGCCCUAUGGGGUUUGUUAAUGGUUACCGACGAGGUUACAACCGAUUUUACAGUAAGUACAUCGAUGUGAAGAAAGGCGGCAUCGGGGGUAUCGCGAUGUUGCUAACCGGCUAUGUGUUAAUCAGCUACAUCUGGAACUACGACCAUAUUAAGCACGAACGCUGGAGGAGGUAUCACUGAGCCUAGACGACCCGGAAGAACACGGGCGGCACGUGACUGGCAGCGGGGAAGAGGAGAUAUCCUGCGCCCUGAAAGCUCCUAGCCCUCAAAUGCUGUAUUCUCUUCCGGCACGAGCCAAGUGUGUCGUGACCAAUAAUAAAACAUUUAUUGUUAA